AUGUCGUUCUUGAAAACCAUACUCAAAACGAAGAAGUCCAAAAAGUUUGGAAACGAUUCUCCACGACUCAUCCAAGGAACCACAUGCGAGGUAGAGAUUGUCUCGAAAUCAGACGGAUCAAAACUAGCGCUCAAGAAGUUCAGAUCAUGGGAUCUACAUAACCAUCACAAGGAAGUUUGUGUGAAAGAAUAUGAACUACUGAAAAAACUGAAUCAUAAAUGCAUUAUCGAAGCUCUUGAUUGCAACAAAAGGAAACAUACAAUCACAUUCCCAUAUUAUAGUUACACAGUUUUGUAUUUGAUGAAAAUGUCCAUGCUACCGACCUUCGAGGAAAGAGCUUUGUGGUUCUGUCAGAUAUGCGAAGGUAUUGCCUACUUACACUCACAUAAUAUUGUUCAUCGUGAUUUGAAAUUGGAGAAUAUUAUGGUCGAUGAAUCUCUAUGUAAUAUUAAGAUCAUUGACUUUGGAUCAGCGGUUGAUGUCGGGCCAAACAAAGAAGCUUGCCAUGGAAUUCGCGGCUCGGAACAGUUGAUGGCGCCAGAAGUCUUUCAACGUCUUAAAUACGAAGGUACUCCGGUUGAUAUGUGGUCGUUAGGAAUCAUGAUGUUUGAAUUUUUCAACAACUCGAAUAAACCUGCUUUCCCGUGGAAAAUUGCUAAGAUAGACGAUGUAGCAUUCGAGGCGUAUACAAAGAACCCAACAACACUUAAUAUUUCCAUUGACUUAUGCAUGAAACUACUUUCGGUCGAUGUAAAACAACGUCUGUCUAUUCAGGAUGUCAUCAAUGACAGUUUCUUUCAAGAAAAUCAUAAUUCCGUCGAUGGUGUCUCAGCGCAUGCAAGAACCAAAAGAAUUUUAGAAAGAUCACAAACUACAUAG